AUGUAUCCCCUCGAAGAAAUCGCACUCGCUGUACUGUCGUGUUCACCCUUGCCAGUCGUCUUCGCCUCUUCAAGCUUCAACUUCAAGUCCAAACCACUCCGAAGGAAUUGUCAAUUCAAGUACAGAUGCAUUGCUAGGCUUCCAGACAUGUCGUUCACCGACAGUGCACCUGCAGCUCCUAUCAGUAGUGCCCCCAGACCCGACUUCACAGGGCAUGAAGACAUUGCUGCAGCCUGCGGUGUGACUGUCGGGAAGCGUCCGAAGAAGGGGAAAUCCAAACGCCCUGUGGACCCGUACACCGUCCUCCCAGCGCCCUCCCCGACAUACAUACAACUGCACUUCCAGCUCGCCCACUUCGAAGGUGUCUACCGCGUCGCGCGGCUUCCGCUCACCUUCACGUUUGCGAACCUCUACCGCUUCGUGCUCUUCACCUUCGGAUGGUCUGGAAUGCAUCUGCACCGUGCCGACGUCUGCACGAACGUCGUGAUGUACUCCCCAAAGGAGGGGCGCAAUCGCCAGAUCAAGAAGUACGGCGUCAACCCCCCACCUGAGCCAGACAAGAACAAGGACCUCAAAGGGUGGUGGGAGUGGUGGGAUAUUUGCCGCCAUAGGAAUAACAGUGCGAUCAUGCAGGUCGUCGCCUGCAGCAAGCGCAGGAAGAGGGCGAUUACGCACGAGUUUGGCGACGGCAUAUCCUGUGAAAUCAAACAGGACGAUGAAGUAAUCCUUGGCGACGUGUGGGGUCUAGAGACAGGUCGCAACGUCAGCAAGGGAGAGUGUGAGAAUGACAAGAUCGCAAUCAAAAUGGAUUACGAUCUUGGUGCGAGCUGGGAAGUCCAUAUUUCUGUGGAGCCUGACCAGGACGGUCGUUUCGGGUUCACUUACGAUCCGCCAAAUAACCUUCCGAUUAUAGUGACCGCAAAAGGCGCUCCUCCCGUUGAAGAUGAAGAUCCAGACUGUUUCUCCCGUGAUGAGCUGGACGGAGAGGACAAGGGGGUGUCCAAGCUGCUCUUUGCGCCGGACAGCUUCGCAAAGUACCUCGCCGGAGAGGUAGGCACAUGUGCCCGUGAGACAGAACUCGCUGUCUGGAAUUUCGCCGAAGAGCAUGUAAAUCAGGCGGCUGCAAAGGAGAAGGAAGAGCAGCUCAAGCAAGUGAAGGAGGAGAACUGA